UGUGCCAUGCAAGCGCCCAGACCAGGCAAGUGACAGGGAGCGUACUUCUUUGGAAGGACUCCCCUCCCCGCCUUCUCCUUAACAGAGAGGUGACAGUGAUGUUUGUCCACACGGAUCCCCCCAGCAGCACCUGAGGGCCUCCAGCCCCUCUUCCCCGCCCUCCCCCACAUUUGCUCCUGACAAUCCGCCCCUGCUCACAUGCAAAUGCAAAGCAGAAGCCCAAGCUGGCUGCUGCUGUUGCUGCUGUUGCUGCUGCUGCUGCUAUGGAUGGGAUGAGACACUUCCAGGCUCCAGGCAGGCAUCUCUCAGUGGCUGAGCCUCGCCUCCUUCGUGAAGCACCAGAGGUCGCUCUGGUUGGCUUAAAGCUACUUUUUGCAUCUUGGGCAGCUCAGUCAGAUCUUCUCUUCUGGAGUUUGUGGAAAGGAUUUUGCAUGUGGUAGGGAGGGAGAGGUGCUGCUGGAGGAACUGGUGGUUGGGAAAUCUCUCUCACACUCUCUUCCCCUCCGGUUUUCUGUUGAUGACCAUAUGAUCUGGCACAAGGAGCCUGGAGCUGCUUUGCGAUCACCAGCUGAGUUCUCAAGUGGGGAAGAGAAAGGAAGGCAAAUAUAUAUCCAUACACACACACACUUACAUAUUCACCCAUACACAUAUGCACACACAUACACACUUUUCCUUUCUAGCCAUCUCCAUCUCUACCACAUCUCCUGCUGCUGCUCCUGCCGCUACUGCUGCCGCUGGUGCUGCUGCUCACAGGGAAGCAUGAGCCAGCCAAAGUGUCUACUAUAAAGCGAAGUACCUCCUGGAGGAAGACAGACACCGAGUUCAGCAGAGCUGGGCCACUUAGGAGAGAGUUUGCUUCGUGAGUCAACAAGUGCUUCCUUCCCAGGGACCAGGAGCCACGGUGGAGCAUCACGCCGAGGGCGCUCAAGGCGGUGGGACCUCCGUCCGGGUGAUCGUUGGCUCCAGAGAAACUUCCACCAUUACCUCCAAAAGCGAAGACGAUUUCUUAACCCUGGCCGCCUCCAGGCUGAGCCGGAAAAAAAGGGUCAUUGGGGCUGCCAUUGGGGUGGCCAUGGUGCUGGUUCUCCUGGUGGCCAUCCCCUUGCUGGUGCACAGCUCCAAAACCACCUCUCACUAUGAGAUGUUAGGCAGCUGCCGUAUGGUUUGUGAUCCCUACACGCCCCAAACUCAUGGGGCGGCUUCGGCAGAGUCCAGCCAGGAGUUGGCCGUCAUCUCCCCACCUCCUUAUGUGUCUGGAGGGAAGGGAGACCAAGGGAGGAAAGGCAAGUCUGGAAUCCGUGGUCCCCCUGGCCCUCCAGGGCCACCUGGGCCCAAAGGGCCAGCUGGCGAGCCAGGGAGGCCAGGUCCACCAGGCCCACCUGGCCCAGGGCCUGGGGGUUACAUCCCAACCUUCUAUAGCCCUAAGAUCGCUUUCUACGCGGGACUCCGGAAACCACAUGAAGGCUACGAGAUCCUCCGCUUUGAUGACGUGGUGACCAAUGUGGGGAACUACUACGAACCCUCCAGUGGCAAGUUCACCUGCCCUCUACCUGGCAUCUACUUCUUCACCUACCAUGUGCUCAUGCGUGGGGGCGAUGGCACCAGCAUGUGGGCAGACCUGAUGAAGAAUGGGCAGGUUCGUGCCAGUGCGAUUGCACAGGAUGCCGACCAGAACUAUGACUACGCCAGCAACAGUGUGAUCCUCCACCUGGAUGUUGGUGAUGAAGUUUUCAUCAAGUUGGAUGGAGGGAAGGUGCAUGGAGGCAAUACCAACAAGUACAGCACCUUCUCAGGGUUCAUUAUCUACCCAGAUUGAGCCCUCUUCCACCUGGCUCCCUAUUUCUGCCCCAGCUCCCAUUCUGCCUACCCAAAACACCCUUCCCGUCUAGGUCAGCUCUUAUUCUCCUUGGCUUUACCACCUCCCUGGAUCCUUGGGGGGCUCCCUUUUGGAAGUUCCAGUCUCUAGAGGAGGGAACUGGGGGAAAACUCUGGGGAGGUGGCAAUUCUGAUCCCCUCCCCACAUUCUUGGGUUAAUAGCAAUGCUAGGAGGGUGGGUGGAUUAAGGGAUUUAUGGUGCAUGGGGAAACAGGGAGGGGGUGGACACAGGGUAAUCUAAUAUCAUUGUGGGUGGGACCCUGGUCAGUAGAAGCAAUGGCCUCAAGCAGAGGCAGAAUCCAGGUUUGGGAUGCGCCUCCUUUGAAGGAAAGGGCAGUGAAUGCAGUAUGGAGCCCAAACACACUGCAAACUGGGUAUGGAAUUCUAUUUCUACGUUGUCCCCUUUCCUACGUAUCUCUAAAAGGCCAGGAUCUGAAAAGGGACAGCUCCAUUAAUCCAACCAACCAACCCUGCUGUCAUUUUCAUGAAAUAAGUCAUUUAUUACAUUUCAUGCAUUACAUUUUUUCCAGUAAGCUCGGGGCGGCUUAUGCGACCUCUCCCUACAUGUUAAAUUCAUGUUAUCCUCACAACAACCCUGUGAGGUAGUUUGUAAAAGUGAGAGACAGUGACUGACCCAAGGAUAUGCACUGCGUUCUGUGGCUGAGAGGGCUGGAGUUUUUGUCUGUGACUUGUUUGAACUUGUGCGUGCAUCUCUCUCUCUCUCUCAUCCAGCCCAACACUCAAUGCACUAGCUCAAGAUACACACACAGUUUUUUUUCCAAAGACCAGAUAAUCAGUUCUGAAGGUGAGAGUCAGUAACUAUACAGAUGAUAAAUUUAUCUUGUAGAAAAAGACAUUGUCCUUUUUAUUCAAUGGGGAAAGUCAGGAAAGAGGGAGGUGGGAAGGCAAGAUCACAGGAAUGUCAGCUAAAGUGGGCAUUGAUUUUCCCAUUUCCGUCCUGUGCGGGAAUUUGUGUGUCCUCCUCCCAACACAUCUAUAAUUGUGUGGGAGGACACAAACUAGAUUCUGGUGAAAGGUUCCACCUUGGAACUUGGAAGGCUAUGAAAUUAAAGCUCUGCUCAUUCAUACUGGGGUUUCCAAAGUCUGGAGCCUGAUGCAUUUAACAAUGAGAGAGAAACUCAUAUUUUCUCAUUCAUCUCAGACUCCCCACCCGCCCUCUGUAUCGAGCCAGUGCCAAAUAAUUCUUUGGGUACCAACUGAAGACUGAAAGACUGUUUCCCUCCUACUGUAAAUUUCUCCACAGGUUAGAUGUCCCCUUGUCCACCCGCAUGAAGAUAUAUCUAUAGGUAAUAUCCAUAUGUACCCUAAAAUGGGACAAGUGUUUGAGGGCAAUGUGCCUCUGUAUGUAAAUAUUUCACUGCACUCAUCUCUUGCAUUGAGACAAUGAACACUGGUUGCGCUGCUCAAUGCACAUACUCAGUCAGAUGAUAGUUUGAGCCAUAGAGUUCCUGUACCAUUAUUGCUGCUGCCUUGCAUUUAACAAGAGUUAUUGACAAAUGACAAAAGCUGGUGAGUCCUUGAAAGUCACCGCAGCAUACACAAAGCAGCACCAUCGGUCGGAUCUACACUUCUAAUCCUUGUCUCACAAUAUGUGCUGUCUGAAUGGCAUCUUCCGUAGGAGAAAGCAACCAGCACCAAAAUAUAUAGCACUAUAAUCAGAUUUUGUUAUGUAACACUUACCAAUAAAGCUCAUCCACACUCCACUACUGUCACUGUGGGGAGCAAACCCAUUACUAUGCUUACUCUAAACCCCAGAAUGACAUUUCCUCUAUGUCAUCAGAACAUCACAAGCACCUCAUUACAUACAAAUACAACUUCAGAUGUCAUCUCAAACAACAUCACAGCCAUGCAAUCCUGUAAGGGGCCAUUGUGCCAUACAGCAGAGUUUUAGGCAGCACCACAGAUGGAGGCUAAGAACUGGUGUCUGUCUAAGAGACACUAUUCUUGGUUCAACAUUACGACACAGACAAAAUCUAUUAAAAUUAAUAGCACCACAUCUUUUUCUCCCGAAGCAUAACAAAUGCUAGGUGCUCGUCUAAGUGUACGCCCAGUUGCACACAAAGCUUUCGCUUUCCCUUACAUCAGGUUCUUCUAUUGGAAGCACAUGGAGAGAAGGAAAGUGAUAGUACUAAACUAUCUUUAAGUUAGCUUAGCAAAAGUCUUCCUCUCCAUUUCAUUUCUACACAUUUCUCGACAUACCUUGCUCCUUUUCCAAGGAUGUGUCCACUUGCACUUGUACCCAAGCUCCUCCCUUAAGAGGUGAACAUCUGCUUUUUCACUAGGUAUGCCAUGUGUGCAGCAUAUACAUGCAAGUGUUUGUGUAUGUCAGAACUGUUAUGUCAAACUGUUGCUGCCGCUAAGCUGUAAUUCUUGCAAGGUAAUGGUACCCAGAGCAUUGCUAAGCAUGUGUGCCAAGAAGGAUGAUCUAGGGUGAGAAAGGGAGGAAACUGAAUUCUGUUCAGCCAAAACCAUAUUAGAAUCAGCCAGACCUGUAGCGAGGGGGCGGUUUUAGGGGUUCAACCCCCCCCCCAAAUUUUCAGGUUAUAAAAAAAACCUGGUUUACUCAUGAAUUUUAACUGGUUAACCAAAUCCCCAUGCUAAGUCUAUGAGACGCAAAACAUUAAGAGUCCCUCCAGGCACUAUUUCAAGCAGAUAUUGACAGGUUUGUAGCGGGGAGAGGUGUAUGCUAGGGGCUCAAUUCCCCCCCCCCCCCGAAAUUUUCAAAACCCCUCCCAGAAUUUUUUUUCUGGCUACGGCCCUGGAAUCAGCCAUAUUGUGAAGCCGGAUUCACAAUUUCCAUUUUACAUUCCAAACUGCCAACAAAUGAAGAUUUUUUUUCAGAGCUCUGGGAAUCUUCCAGCUCAGAAAGGACACGAAGGUAUAUAUGUGUGGGGUAGUGCUCAAAACUACCCAUACUCAUACAACCACAGCAUGCCAUUUAAUGUAUAAGGCAUUUGCAUUUCUGUAUUUGAAAUUGAGGGUCCGGGUUGAAAGCAUGGCAAGGAACAACAGAAGACAAGCUAUGAAAUGGAGAUCAUAUAUUAACUAAAUUGCACAUGAAAAUAUCCAUAUGGUGGAACACAUGCCCAGACAUAUUUCUGUAUGGCUACGUGAUUAAUCUUUAGAGCAUCUCAGUCUACAAAUACAGUUGUAUAAUUGAGUGAGUGCAGACAUACUAGUGCACAAACAUGCUGUGUGUAAUGUUUCCUCCUGAACAUUUAUAUCCAUGCCCUGCAUAUCUUCUCCUUGACUCUUCCAACCCCAUAAUGUUCCCACCUGCCCCUUCCAUUCCUCAUCCUUUCAGGGAUAGGGAAAGAAUCCUCUGCUGCUGGUGGCUGCUGUAUGGACGACCACACUGCAGCCUUGCUAUUUUGCACAGUCCCCCACCCACCCAGUGCGCAAUGCAUGCCUCUCCUUUCAUUAGCAAUGUUGAAGUCCAUUGAUGAUCUGGACAGUGCCUAGUACAUACUACAGAUGGAAACCGGCCAGAGAGGCCCCGGGGCAUGGCUGUAAACUCAGCACCAGGAUGGCAUUCCUGCCAGGAACAUGAAUGCUGCUGGGACUACUCAAUUCUGUGUCUUUAAAUUAAGAAAAUAUGUGUUUUAUCGGUUAAUAAAGAUACUCUGGUUUUUGACUCA